AUGGUUUAUAUGCCGGCAGAAGAUUUGAGAGAUGUAGUCGUAUUUGAGGGCCAGAAUGCCUUCUUUGAGUAUUCCUCACCGGUCCAGGCUUCUUCGUGGGCCUGGUACAGGACGCGGCAUGUUGAAGCAGCGGCUUUGUUCAAUGACGGAAAAUACGUUAUAUUUGUUAACGGCAUGCGUACGGCGAGUAAUUUGACAGUCUUAAAUGUGACUAGGGCUGACGAUCAGACAAAAUAUCAUUACGAACGAGAUGGUUUAUCUUCUAAUUCGGCAACCCUUACGGUCAUUACACCUCUUGAUCCUACAGAUGUAGUCGUAUUUGAGGGCCAGAAUGCCUUCUUUGAGUAUUCCUCACCGGUCCAGGCUUCUUCAUGGGCCUGGUACAGGACGCGGCAUCGUGAAGCAUCGCGUGUGUCAAAUGACGGAAAAUACGUUAUAUUUGUUAACGGCAUGCGUACGGCGAGUAAUUUGACAGUCUUAAAUGUGACAAGGGCUGACGAUCAGACAAAAUAUCAUUGUGAACGAGAUCAUUUUUCUUCUAUUUCGGCAAGCCUUACAGUCAUUACACCUCUUGAUACGGGUUAUCCAAAAUGUACUAUUACUAACACUAUAGAUAACAUACAUGUUGGAGAAAUUGUGGAGAUCGUGUGCACUGCAAUCGGUGGUAUACCAAGACCAUCUUUACAUUGGUUAAAAAACAAUAGCAAACUUAAGGAAACCGACGAUUUUACCCCACUCAAUAGUAGUGCUACUCACAUAGACGUGAUAUCAAUUUCAUUGUCAAAUGAGGAUAAUGGAGUCGAAUUCAAAUGUAAAGCUGAUGGAAUAUCUGUAGUUGGAAACCAGUCUUGCUCUGUUGUGCCUUUAAGCAUCCAACCUAAUGUAAGUAUAAUCGUAAAUAAAAUGUCAUAUGAUGCUGGAGACUCAUUAAACAUUACCUGUUCCGGUGAGGGUAUUCCACUUAUUUCGGAAUAUAACUGGUUUUUUAACAACAAGCACUUGACGUCAUCUGAAUCAAUGUUUAAUAUUAUUGAAAAUGGUACGAUUUUAGAGAUUUUAGAACUUCAAACUGAACACUUAGAUGCUGAAAUAAGAUGCAAAGUCAGUAUACCAUCUGGAUUAAGUGCCAAUAAAAGCAUCACCCUUUCUUUCACCAGUCACGAUGCAGCAACUGGUGACUUGAUAAUUUACAUAGUAAGCGGAUCUGUAUUAGGCCUACUUAUUUUACUAGGCCUACUUGUAGUUUGUAUCAAAACGAAGAAAAAUCAAGAAAAAAAGAGCAAAGUGAAGACAUCAUAUUAUGCCAAUCACAACGUAUCGUUGAACAAGGUUGAAUUAAUUGAAAUGAAUAACGACUUGUACAGCAAUUGUGAGCCUCAACCAGAACAUCCUGUGCCCAUGCUCGGAAGUAAAAGUGUCGAAAAUUCCAUAUAUUCCGAUGUGACAGACAUCAAACAAAAUUAAGGUUAAAGUCCCAAAGAAACAUAUUCAAUGCAAAAUAAAAGAUAUCGACAAGACAGAAUACUAUUGUCCACUAGGUCUAUUUACGACCUUUAUCCUGAACCAAAAUGUAAGAAUUUAAGGAAGUAUAACCUUGAUACACAAUCAAUUGAUGGAAUUGCUAAUGCAAAACCAAUAAAUGAAAAGCUGAACCCAGAUACACAAUCUGUUGAUAGAAUAGCUGAUUUUGGAGAUCUAUAAAACACUGACAAUCAAUUCAUCAGUCUCUUGAAAAAAUG